AUGGAAGUGUCACAUCCAGAGUCCCCCCUGUAUGCUCAAUGGUGGAGCGCUGAUGCUGUCCACAACAUGUUCGCCCCCACAGAGGAAACAAUCAGCUCUGUCAAAGAAUGGCUCGUGUCUGCUGGCAUUGAAACAUCGCGCAUCGCGCAGUCUACCAGUAAGGGAUGGAUCUCCUUCGAUGCAUCCGUCGAAGAAGCCGAGGCCCUGUUCAAGACGGAAUUUUAUGAACAUGAACACAAGAACACUGGCAAGCUGCGUGUCGGAAGCGAUGAGUACUCCGUUCCUGAGCAUCUGACUUCGCAUAUCGACUUCAUAAAGCCUGGUGUGAAGCUGAUGCCGGUGCAGAAGAGAAUUGUGCCUGAUCCAUCGAAGAAGAAAGAUAAGAGAUACAGCCGCAGUCCCAGAAAGCCAAUUGGCCGCGUUUCAGUCAAGGACGACCCAUUCGCUGCCGAGUACCCCUGGGCCUAUAAACCGCCGUCUGCUCGUGAUUUGCCUCUCGACUUGCAAGAUUGUGGCCGAAACAUCACUCCGCCGUGCUAUCAAGCCCUGUACGACAUACCCAAGUCAGUCGCCGCAGUCGAGGGACUCGGCCUUGGUUUAUUCGAGCAAGGUGAUUAUUUCUCUAAAGCCGACUUGGAUCAAAGCUAUGCUGCUUAUGCUCCCUGGAUACCAAAUGGAACGUAUCCCAUCAAUGCCACUAUCGAUGGAGCGCAAUAUGACUUUCCCCAGAAUGCCACGGACUUUGUUGGAGGAGAGGCGAAUCUAGAUAUUUACAUCGCGACGGCUUUGAUCUAUCCACAAAACGUAACUCUCUACCAAGUCGAUGAUCAGAUUUACGCCCCAGUAGAAGUUGCAGGGGUGAAUCUUUUCAACACAUUCUUAGAUGCAGUUGAUGGUUCAUACUGCACGUAUUCCGCAUAUGGGGAGACAGGCGACAACCCAGCCAUUGAUCCCGUUUAUCCAAACCCAAAUCCAGCUGGUUACCAAGGACAACGCCAAUGCGGCGUUUAUAAGCCAACACCUGUGAUAAGUGUCAGUUACGGAGAGGCGGAGGCAGACCUACCCCUUAAUUAUACAAAACGCCAGUGCAACGAGUUCUUGAAGCUCGGCCUCCAAGGUGUCUCAAUCUUGAUCUCCUCUGGGGAUUAUGGUGUUGCCUCAUUUCCUGGCGAUGGAUCUGACAAUGGAUGUCUCGGCCCAGACUCCACUAUAUUCAAUCCGCAAUACCCCAACGGCUGUCCAUAUGUAACCUCUGUGGGAGGCACUAUGCUCUACCCCAACCAAACAGUCCUCGACCCUGAGAGCGUAAUGCAGGUUGGGCUGUCCGGAGCGCCUAAUUUCAGCUCAGCUGGAGGAUUCUCGAACUAUUUUACGCAGCCUAAUUACCAACAGAGUGCUGUAUCGACCUAUUUUACGAAACAUGAUCCGAGUUACCCCUACUAUGAACAAUUCAACCCAAACUUCGAUACUGUGCAAGGACUGUAUAAUCGGCUCGGACGGGGUUCACCAGAUGUCUCAGCCAACGGAGCCAACCUGAGGGUCUUCACAAACGGUUUUGACUAUCGCUUUUACGGAACGAGUCUCGCAGCGCCGCUUUUCGCCUCCAUUAUAACUUUGAUCAAUGAGAAGCGUGCCGCAUACGGUAAAAGCACUGUUGGCUUUGUGAACCCAACCUUAUAUGCGAACCCUGAAGUGCUCAACGAUAUUAUCAAUGGCACCAACCUUGGCUGCGGAAGCGAGGGGUUUCAGGCUGUCCCAGGUUGGGACCCCGUCACUGGUUUGGGAACGCCGAAUUAUCCAAAGAUGAAGGAUCUAUGGCUGUCAUUGCCCUGA